AUGGAUGGCAUCAAGAAUUCCUACCUUUCUGUUUGCACUGAGUUUCAGCUCCCGGUAAAUUCAUAUGUUUUGCAAGUAUUGCAGGACACAGAGGGGACAACAAGGGAUAUCGUCUUGAAACUAACGGGAAAUAACCGCCUAAGAGAAGUUCAGCGGCUGAAUGACAGUGAUGUUUUUAUCUUGUCGAAAACGCUUCGUAACAAUUUUACAAUUAAAGGUUUAGACCUGAGGUACAACAGUAUUACCGACCAGGGUGCUGCACAUCUAUCAGACCUUAUUCAGGAAAAUAAGGCCCUUCAGUCCCUUGAUCUGAUGUGUAAUGAUAUUAAGGCAGACGGUGCAGAGGUCAUUGCAAAAAGUUUGCAGAAAAAUGGAACCCUGAAGAGUUUGAGAAUGACGGGGAAUAAAAUUGGAAACAAAGGUGGAAUGCACUUUGCCAGUAUGUUACAAGUGAACACCACCCUGGAGAGUCUGGAUCUGUCCGACUGUGACCUAGACACACAGAGUUUAACUGCCUUUUCCAUCGUCCUGACCAAUAACAGAAGUGUGCGUUCCAUCAAUCUUAGUCGACCUCUUCUGUUCAGUCUGCAGGAAGAGACAACUGUCCAUACAGCUCGCAUGCUGGUGAUGAACAAGAGUUUACGUGAACUGCACUUGGGGAAACAUGGCAUGACUGAUUCAGGAUUGGAGAGGCUGUGUGAGGCACUGAAGUUAAACGCUACACUUUCCUACCUGGACCUUCGUUGUAAUAGAAUAACACGGGAUGGAGCCAAAUGCUUGGCAGAGGUCCUGAAACAGAACAGCUCACUGGAGAUACUUGAUCUCUCCUCUAAUCGCAUAGAGGAUGACGGAGCUGUAUACUUCAGCGAAGCUCUAACCAGGCCUGAGUGCAAACUGAAAGCAUUGUCCAUCCCCUUCAACAACAUCGGCACGGUUGGCCUGUUAUCGCUCAGCAGGGCUAUGAAGAUGAACUGCUGCCUGACACACAUUUACAUCUGGGGUAACAAACUGGAGGAACCUGUGUGUGAGGCAUUCUCUCAGCUUAUUCAGAGUGGGCAGCUGUUGGAGGGACACACAGAUGUCUCUCCAUAUGUGGUGGAUGGUCGUAUGUGUUUAGCAGAGGUGUUCCACGGCUUGCGACGGCAUUACUACUGGACCCCCAGCUACGGGGAAGAUGGUGACCCCGCGUGCAAUGCAGCUCUCGCCCUUAAUACAUCACUGGAUGACUCCGAGUCUCCAUGA